AUGGAUUGUCAGCUUAGAAGAGGUGAGUUGAUAACUCCGGCACUUGUUACAGCAAUUGAAGGAUCAAGACAUUCCAUCAUUGUUUUGUCAGAAAACUAUGCAUCUUCAAAGUGGUGCCUAGAUGAACUGGUGAAGAUAUUACAGUCCCAAAAUACCAAAGAACGGAGGGCUGUGCCAAUUUUCUACAAUGUGAAUCCGUCAGAUGUUGGUAACCAGAGGGGAAGUUUCGGAAAAGCCUUGGCUGACCAUGAAGAGAAGCUGAAGGCAGACCAUGAAAAGAAGUUGAAGUAUGAUAUGGAAAGGGUGCAGGGAUGGAGGAAGGCUCUCACCCAAGUUGGCAAGAUAUCUGGCUUCACUUCAUCUCGUGAUAAGUAA